AUGGGCAAAUUCCGUCCCAGCAACAUCCUCGGCGAUCCAUUCGCCCUCGCCACCAUCUCCAUCUCCAUCCUGGCGUGGCUGAUCGCAUUCAUUUCAUCCAUCAUUGCCGAUGUGCAAGACACCAAGUAUCCCAACUACUCAUGGUGGGCCAACAGUUAUAUGGCCUGCGUCAUCAUUGGUCUGAUUGUGACCUUUGGCACUGACACCGGCCAUGUUUAUGGCGUCGCGAUCGUCGGAUACCUUGGCUGUGGCCUCGUUCUGACAUCGCUGAGCGCAAACAACACCAUAUACGAAGCCCAAGGCUCAAUGCAAGCCGCGGGUGCCGGUUUUAUCCUGCUCUCAAUGGUCAUCAUCGUCUGGAUCUUCUACUUUGGCUCCACCCCCCAAGCCUCGCACCGCGGGUUCAUCGACUCCUUCGCUCUGAACAAGGAACAGCCCGCAGAGCCAUCCUACCGCGGUAGUCGCCCUAUGUCCAGCGCAUUCGGAGCCCGCCCCGAGACCAUGGCCACCAACAACACCCCGCAGAUGUACACCUCUGCCCAACUAGGUGGCUUUGAGACCUCGUCCCCCGUGUCCGGCUACCCCGGUGGUGCGCCCGGCGCCGAACGCAACUCCUCCGCUCCUCGCUUCGGCACACCCAGCGGCGUCCCCAACAACGGCGAACAAGAAACCGGCGAAGUGCCCCAGCCCACCGAUUACCCCUACCGCGCGAAGGCGAUCUACUCAUACGACGCCAACCCCGAAGAUGCGAAUGAAAUCAGCUUCGCCAAGCACGAGAUCCUCGAGGUAUCAGAUGUCAGUGGCCGAUGGUGGCAGGCUCGGAAAUCCAACGGAGACACCGGCAUUGCACCCUCCAACUACUUGAUCCUUCUGUGA